AGUGUAACUUGUGGGGCAAGGAUGGAUCUUUUUAGGUUUGAUUUUCAAUGCAAAAUACGUCAAGCAAGUAAAGUCUAGUUAGUUCAACUUAAUUAGUCACUCACCUUUUUAGACCAUCCAAUAUUUUAACUUUCCAUCGAGCAGAUCACCCAUUGCUUUUACUUUUCCCCAUGGAAUUUAUCUUUGUUUUACUUGACUAUUGUAGAUUCUUCAACCAUAAGCUUCAUUAACAUUCCAUACCAUAAUUGUAAACUUCUAAUAUAUAUUUCUUCAAUCAUCCUGCAGGUAGAACAUUACGCAACAUGAAGCAUUCUCUUCAAGCUUUAACCCUGACCUGUUUCUUGUUUUUCCCAUUCACACUAGGUAAAGCAGAUGAUUAUGAGGGUCAAACCGCCGCUGCAGGAGUACUUGGAAAUGAAUAUUUGCCUAACUACGGAGAUUCACAUCAAUAUGGUGGUGGCACAAUUGAUGCUCAACCUGACUAUCUUUUCUCUAAAGCAUUGCUAUGUUUCACUGAUAAGCAUAUAUACAGUAGUUGUGAGGAGUCUUAUAGAUUGACUGAGACAGGGGAGCUCCAUGUACCACCUGAAUAUACCGAUCAAUACUGCAGAGGACCCUGCUUAGAGGAGACUCACCAUGUGCUUAAUUGUCUUGGAAGCAUACUCUCGCACUUCAGAUUUUAUAAUAAGGCCACCAUUAGAGCAGUCGAAGAGACUAUCAAGGAGGGAUGUAGCUAUGGCCCUGAAAGAGGUCUUUUCAAUGUUGCUGAGCACAUCCUAGCUUAUGAUAACGCUGCUUUUCGUGCUUCAAAGUCGUCCAUGCUGCAUAGCUUUGUUCUGAUGACUUUGGCCCUUAUUUUCUUCCUUUGAAGCAACGUUCACAAGUGAAGAUAUUGCUGGAAAAACUAGCUUCUGAUUUACACGCAACGCUUGUUGUUUAAUUUGACUAGUGUGUUGAUCAUGUAGUAUUAGUAAACAAAAGUUCAUU